GAGUAUUGAACGCUCAAAACAGACUUACAUAUAAACGCUGCGAUUUUCGAGCCUUUUUAAGUGGUGGCUUAGAAAUAUGUGCCAAAAGCUGUCCGUCCUCAAUGGGGAUUUAUUUGAUGAAAUAAGAUGAAGUAGGAUUAGUGUACAAGCUCUGGUUUUUACAUUGGGUAAAUCUACGGCCUCAUACUUUAACCGGCGUAACCAUGUCCUCGACAUAUGGUAAUGCUAUUACGAGCGAGAAAUAGCAAAUCUAUGCUCAAAAGUCGUGUUUUAAUGUUAUAAAAAGACAUAUGUAUCUAGUUAAGACCCCUGUAAACGCAGGUGUUUGAGGGAUGGUUAAAUAGAUGAGCUGAGGAUUCAGAGACCACGUCAAGAACCGGCCUUAAUCACAACGUCACAUUCACACUGUUGACUGAGGGAUCAGCACGAUCGAAAACACUGAACACAGGAUUGUUACACAAACAUAGAACAGAUCGUGGCCCAUACAACAAGUUUUUCUCAUACUUUUGGAUAUAAAAGGCUUUCACUUACGACAAACGUGACGAUUUGUAUACAUUUCUUGCCCGGGCGUUUGAGUUUGUUUAUCUUGUAUUGGCAAUUGAAAUGAAAACUUGUCGGCUAUUGGAAAUUGUUCUUAUGCCUUACAAUACCAAGUGGCUAUAUAGAUUAUUCAGAUAAUAGAGGUAUAACCACCAUCAGCCAACCAUUCUAAGGAAAAUAUCAAACGCAAAAGAACGUGGAACGUUAAUAUCAAACACAUUAGCUGGAUUACGUCGGGGAAUACAACCUCCUCCAAUGUCGGAAUUGAGAGUUAUACGCAAUGCAACGUAACAGAUUCAUUGAAAGGAAGCCACUAAGAACGAAUACAACUCGAUGGAUUGUUAUGGGGGUUAGGGCGCUCUACAGCUCGACUGUGGGACCCCCCUCCUUUCUACCCCUGGUGAUCGUUACGACAAUACUUCUAGCUACAGUUCAAAGUUGCCGGCUUGACGAUUGUUCGCUCAAAUAUUGGAUGGCAAGAGAAACUUUAGGAGAGGGGGUACUGGGUGAGCCAAACCAGAAUCAUAUAAAAUGUGUCACACUUAGAACAUACUACCAAUGUAUAAGAAAUAUGAAACAGGAAUGUUAUGGUGAUAUUCAAUUCCAUAGUGUACAAAAAAUUGUGGAAAACAAAAUGAAAGACAAUAACUGUACUGUCCAAGGACAAAUUUAUACAGAAGCCAAAUAUGGCUCUCCUCGGCCGAGACCAGCCAACAGUAAGGUCUGUUCAUUCCGGCCUGGAUCUAGGAGUAAGAAUCUACACAAACAUUGUGGAUUAUUUGGUGAUCCUCAUCUCAGGACAUUCAAUGAAGAAUAUCAAACGUGUAAAGUACAAGGUGCUUGGCCUCUCGUGGAUAAUGAGUUUUUGACUAUUCAGGUGACAAAUGAACAAGUAGCACGGGAUAGCACAGCCACUGCAACAAGCAAGUUGACUGUCAUGAUUAAGGCUAAUGAUGAGUGUGCAGAGGAUCGCUACAUGCUCUACUUGGCCCAGACUGACCUACUUCCCGAUGCCUUUGAGGAUGGGAGUGAAUCAUUUGGGCCUGAUGACAGUGUUCAACUCGUUGUGGUGCAGGCCAACAAACAUGUAGAGAUAUAUAUGAGAUACAUUGAUACCACUAUAAUAGUGCGACAAGUAGGACGCUAUUUCACAUUUGCAAUAAAAAUGCCUGAAGAAAUCGUACAAUUGACACGUGAAUCUCCAGACCCCCUUCAGUUAUGUGCGAGAGGGUGCCCCAAGGGGGAGCAAAUCAACUAUGGGGAGUUUCUAGCACAAAAACAUAGCCAUAUAAAAUCUCUGAUUGAUAAGAAUGUACAUGUCAUGUCUCGUGAGAAUGCCGUGAAAAAAUGUAGUGAAAGCCGCGUCGUGGAUUUUUACUUUGAUUCCUGUGUGUUUGACUUAAUGACCACGGGGGAUACAAACUUUACUAGGGCUGCAAACCUAGCACUUCAGGAUGUGUUGCGCCUCCAACCCUCGGCAGCACAGUCGCACCAUAACAGGACAUCACUUCAUAACUAUGACGUUCAGUAUCGACUACACACUAGUGGUGCGUAUAGCGUGCGUACAUCUCCAUCUAACUUAUACCACAGGACAACAUUCUUAUUAUUAGUCAUUCUGACCUAUUACAUACUGGCACACCGUGGUGGGCAUAUGGACUUUAUAUAUGUAAAAGCAUCAUUAGAGGCUGUAGCCAUGGUUCAGAUAGAAUGUGAUGGGGAUGAUGUACCAUUCACCUCAAAUUUGCAUAUUGUGAAAGGAUGAUGUACCAUUAUUCACCUCAACCUCACAUAGUGUGUCAGGAUGA